AUGGCUUCGAAACAGCAGCCAUCUACUCAGAAGUUCAGCUAUGCCCGUGCAUUAGCUAGCAGUCAGGCUAACAAAAAUAAUGCCCAGAACGCACCUGCAAAAAGCGGUGCGGCUGCUGCUAAGCCUGUAAAAAAGGUUGAGAAGGUCGAAAAGGCCGAGAAAAACACAGAGAAGGCGCCUGUCAGCAAGAAUGACACGGCCGAAAGACAAUCACAGCAACAGGGAGCUCCCGCUGCUUCGGAGAAGAAGAGCAGUCAUCAGACCGGUCCCACACACAAAACGACUGCUCCUAGAAAGCCUGCGGUAUCGAGCGUUCCCAUUCAGUUCGGUUCUAUCACAAAGAAUGCCACUAUUCCCGUGGCAGUUCCCACCAAUAUGGCUUCAAAGAGUGCGAAUGCUGCUCCUGCCCCUGCCCCUGCACCUGCUGCCCCCAAAGAUAAGCAAGAAGACAAGCCAGAAGAAAAGCCCGAGCCUAAGACGGAAGCCGGGGCUCCAGUCGAGCCCGCAGCUGCACCUGCAGCUGCACCUGCUCCCACGGCCGACUCACCUGCAGCUUCUGCUGCUAAACCUAAUGCUCCUGCCGAAAACACUCAUAACUCUUAUGACAAGCCUCGGCAAUUCUCGGACAGGCGUCACUUUGACCGCUAUAACAACAACGGCAACAAUGGCAACAGUAACUACAACAACAACAACAACAACUCAUACAACAAGCACUCAAAUUACCACCCUCACGGAUACGGAGGUUAUAACAACGGCUCUGGCCCUCACAAGAACAAUGGCGGCCAAUACCGGAAUCGUCGUGGCUCCAGUAAUGCUCAGAUGACAUAUCCCUCUUUUGGAUCUAAUACGCGCGCUUCUAUGAACCAUCGUAAUGCUCCUCAGGGUGUUGCCGCCGGUGCUUCUAUGCAAAUUCCUGUCUCUUUACAAUCUUCGUAUGGCCAGCUCUACGGUCAACCUCCCUACAUUAUUGAUCCCAACAUGGUCCAGUAUAGUCCCAUGAUUCAGCCCGGAUAUGUCGGACAGUACUACCCAGUUUUCCCUCAAAACCCCUACGCUCAGCCCUAUCAAGCCAUGACAAGAACUCCUUCGCAGGUCUCUGACCCCAUGCACAACAGCAAUAAUGGCUCUAUGAACUCUAGCCCACAUUCUGCUUCUGUUCCAAUUGUGAAGCAACAGAAAAAGAGCAGCGCUCUCAAGAUCGUGAACCCCGUUACUCAUACGGAAGUUGUUGUCCCUCAAAAAGUUAAGUCGAACAAGCCUGCCGAUCAGCAGAACGCAAAGCCCGAGGCUGCUCCUGUUCGCCAUCAACUAACCGAGGAAGAAGCUUCUCAACGCAAGAACGCCAUUAAGAUCGCUGUUCAGCAACGCAUCCAAGAAAAGGAGGCCGAAGCUAAGCGUCUUGCCGAGGAAAAAGCCAAGCGUGAGGCCGAGGAGAAGGCCAAGCGUGAAGCUGAGGAACAAGCCAAGCGUGAAGCUGAGGAGAAGGCCAAGCGCGAAGCUGAGGAGAAGGCAAGACGUGAGGCUGAAGAACAAGCUAAGCGCGAGGCCGAGGAGAAGGCCAAGCGUGAGGCCGAAGAACAAGCCAAGCGUGAAGCUGAGGAGAAGGCCAAACGUGAAGCUGAGGAGAAGGCUAAGCGUGAAGCCGAGGAGCAAGCCAAGCGCGAAGCUGAAGAAAAGGCUAAGCGCGAGGCCGAAGAACAAGCCAAGCGUGAAGCUGAAGAGAAAGCCAAGCGUGAAGCCGAGGAGAAGGCCAAACGUGAAGCUGAGGAAAAGGCUAAGCUUGAAGCCGAGGAGAAGGCCAAGCUUGAAGCUGAAGAGAAGGCCAAGCGCGAAGCCGAGGAGAAGGCUAAGCGUGAAGCUGAGGAGAAGGCCAAGUCUGAAACUGCCGCUGCUACAGCUGCUAGUGCUGCCGAAGCUGCUGUCACCAAGAGUCCUAAAACAGAUUCUGACCGCAGCAGUGCUCCUGUGGAGUCUCCUCGCACAACGCCUUUGUCUGAAGGCAAGAGACUUCGUGAGACCUUGCUCGCUUCGUCUCCUUCCCGUUUCGACCCUACUGCCCGCCCUUCCAGUCCUCAAUCUGAAGCUGCCAUCAAAUGUCUUGCCAGUGCGAAGUAUAUUGAGGACUUCACUCAAAUUUCUUACCCCGCCAACAUUAAGCCUCCCAGUUCUUCCAUCGGACAGAUUCCCGGCAAAUACAUCUACGACAUUCCCUUCCUUUUGCAAUUCCAGAAUUACUACACUGACAAGCCUACUCUUGAUUGGACCGAAAAGAUGAAGGAAACUAUUGGAAACGCUUUUACUGAAAAGGGUUCUCGCGGUUUCGGUUCUAGUCGUCAAGGUUCUCGUUCUGGUUCCACACAUUCUCACGGCGGUAACGCUGGCUUUAAUAUGGAACACAAGUCGAUGUCUCGUCUUGCCCUCGAGCGUGGUUUCGGUUCUUCGAACAUGUCUUUCGGUUCUGGUAGCAACUAUAAGAGUGCUUCCAGAAUGGGACACGGUCAUGGAGGUAUGAAUGGAUCUCGCCGUGGUUCUCAACGUGGAUCCCGUCGUGGUGACCGUAAGGAACCCGAGAUGACUAUUCCCCUGGAACAAGUCGCUCCUCUUAAGCUUUCUGCCAACCGUUGGCAACCUAAGAGAGAAGCUGAGAAGGCUGUUUUGGAGAGAGCCACUGAAAAUGAGCUCAUUCCUCUUGAUGUUAUUCAACGUAAGGUCAAGGCUGCCCUUAACAAGAUGACCCUCGAAAAAUUCGAUAAGAUUUCCGAUCAAAUCCUGGAGUUUGCUAUGCAAUCUCGUAUGGAGAAGGAUGGUAAAACCCUUAAGACUGUUAUUCAACUCACUUUCGAAAAGGCUACUGAUGAGCCUAACUUUUCUAACAUGUAUGCCCGUUUGGCUCGUAAGAUGAUGGACAACAUGGAUGAAGGCAUUGUUGAUGAGAACGUUCUUGACAAGAAUAGCCAACCUGUUCGUGGAGGACUUUUGUUCAGAAAAUACCUUCUCAGUCGUUGUCAAGAGGACUUCGAGCGCGGUUGGAAGGCUAGCUUGCCCAGUGGAGGUGUCGCCGAAGCUGAGCUUAUGUCUGAUGAGUAUUACGUUGCCGCUGCUAUUAAGCGUCGUGGUUUGGGUCUGGUCCGUUUCAUUGGUGAACUGUUCAAGCUUAGCAUGCUUUCUGAGAAAAUUAUGCACGAGUGUAUCAAGAGACUUCUUGGUAACGUUACUGAUCCCGAAGAGGAAGAAGUUGAAAGUCUUUGCAAGCUUCUUAUGACUGUCGGUGCCAACAUUGAUGCUACCGAAAAGGGACGCGCUGCUAUGGAUGUUUAUGUUCAGAGAAUGGAAAUGAUCACUAAGGUUGAGAACCUUCCUUCUCGUAUUAAGUUCAUUAUUUUGGAUGUUAUCGAUUCCCGUAAGGCUGGAUGGAGAAUCAAGAACGAAAUUGAAAAGGGACCUAAGACUAUUGCUGAAAUUCAUGAAGAAGCUGAAAGAAAGAGAGCUUUGCAAGAGAGCCAACGUGCUAACAGCCGUCAUGGUCGUGACAUGAACCGCAACGAUUCACACUCUCGUCGUGGUAACAACUAUGGAAACAAUGACUGGUCAAAUAAUAAGGAUGGAUACGCUAGACUGGGACAAGGAAUUAGAGGACUUAAGUCUGGCUCUCACGGCUCACAUGGACCCACUAGCUUCAGUUCAAUGAUGCGUGGAGGAAGCGGCAACCGGUCGUCUUCUAAUCAAAGCAGUUCCCUUCGGAGGGAAGCUACCUCUCGUGCUCCAGCAGCUUCGGCCCCGGUAACAACCGCAAAUUCUUUUGAGCUGUUAGAGGAGCAAGAUCAUGACGCCGGUAAUCAUGACAGCGAGGGUAACUCUUCUCAAAGGGAUCCAAACUCCAGCUCUAAAGCUAGCGCUUAG